CUUUCUUUCUUUCUUUCUUUCUUCCCCUUCGCAUCUUCCUGCUUUCCCUCUUGCAGCCGGAGAGAUCUCGGCUCGGCAGUCUUGAUGCAUGCGCGUACCCCGAAGCUGCCCGUUCGGCAGCUUUUCAUUCUCUCAAUAUGUCGCUUUGCAGAGCCAAUUGCCCUGACCUCUUACCUUCCGUAUCUCCCCGAAAUGAUCGAGAGCGUCGGCGUCCCCAAAGCCGAGGUUGCAAAAUGGGCAGGCCUGACCACGGCCAUUUCGUCCUUCGCCCAGGCCUUUAUGGCUGUUUACUGGGGUACGGCAUCAGAUCGAUUCGGUCGUAAACCGAUCAUCCUGCUCGGUUUGACCUUUACCAUGAUCUUCUCGCUAGCGUUCGGUCUCUCAAAGUCUCUGGCUAUGUUGGUUAGCUGCCGCGGUAUGAUUGGCUUUAUGAAUGGGAACGUGGGCAUCAUUCGGACGGCUGUUGCGGAGAUGGUGACGGAUAAGGAGCUGCAGCCUCGAGCCUUCAGCGUGAUGCCCAUGGUUUGGACGGUGGGCUCAAUUUUCGGACCGGCCUUUGGAGGUUCGCUUUCUCGCCCGUCGGAAAAGUAUCCGGGGGUCUUUGGUCACUCGAAAUUCUUCCAAGAGUAUCCCUUUUUCUUGCCGAAUCUGCUUUCUGGAGUAUUCUUUGUCAUUGGUAUCUCGACUGGCUUCUUGUUUCUUCAUGAAACACUGGCGGCGAAGCAAGGCCAUCGCGACCCUGGCAUAGUCCUUGGCCGGGUCCUAACUCGUUCCUGUACACGUCGGCCUGAGAAGGCCAGUCUGAUUGAGUCGGACGACGAGAGAACCCCUUUGCUAGGCGAGAAUCACCCUGCCAAAUCGCCACAAGAUCAGCCCGAAGUAAAGAAGCACGGCUGGCGCGAGGUACUAAGCCCACAGUCUACCCUCGUUCUGUUAGCAUACUCCUUGAUGUCAGUACAUACGAUGGCAUUCGAGUCAAUGUUGCCUGUUUUUCUCCAUAACCCUCCCCAGAACAUACAGGACAAUCCGAACGUGCAGCUCCCCUUCAAAUUCGUGGGUGGCUUUGGCAUGGACGCUCAAGAGAUUGGAAUGUUCUACACGCUAACAGGUAUCAUUGGUAUGGUGAUGCAAUUCUAUGUAUUCCCCGCCUGCGCAACCCGAUUUGGCGUGAUCAAUUGUGUCAAGGCCACAUCCUUCGUCUUCCCCAUCCUCUACCUUGUCACCCCGUACAUAGCACUCGUCCCCGAGUCCAUGCGCAACGUCACAGUCUUCUUCGUGGUCCUAACCAAGCUGACGGCCUCGAUAUUCAACUUCCCCAGCAUCACAAUCCUACUCACCAACUCUGCCAGCAGCCUUAGUAUCCUCGGUACGCUGAACGGUGUUGCUACGAGUGUGAGUGCUGUUGGGCGCGCGGCGGGGCCGGCCCUGCUGGGACCAGUGUUCUCGCUCGGGGUCAAGAUGGGCUACGUUAUCCUUCCCUGGUGGUUGCUCGCGUGCGUUGCUUGUCUCGCGGCGAUUCCGGUCCCGUUCAUCGUCGAGGGUGAAGGUUUCCAGGUACAAGCUGCUGCUUUAGAGACAGGCCCGGAGCCAAUUGCCGUGGAGUCGCAAACUGUCAAGCACACUGACAGUCGAGCCAGGGAAUAAUUCCAGGUACGGAUUACCCGCAGUCCUACCUCACCCAAAUAUCCACAAAAAUAUCCAGCACGCGAAUAAGGACAACAGAAUGGUACUGCAAAACGAUAUACGAGAAUCACGGCAUUGGAUAUGAUUAAAAGUUAUCGAAAAAUAAGCAUAUGAGAUUCGAGUAUAAGCAUGAGCAUGAGCAUGAGCAUCUGACGUAUAUAGCAUUUAACCACCGACAUAGAUUGAUGCGAGCAAUUUAUAGAAAAGUACUUUGCAUAUAUAGCGAAUCAAAUUGAUUCUGGACAUAUCUCAUCAAAUUUCU